AUGGCACAAAGGUGCCUGGGAACGAGUUUGGAAUCUUCAUGACGUCAGAACAUACGUCAAAGCAAUCAAAAUUCCACAAAGAUGGCUUCCAUGGUGGUGAAGUAAACAACGUUUGUCUCAAGAAAAAUGAUCUCAAAACCGUGAAUAAGCGAACAUUUGCAAAGGUUAACAUUAUGGGGACGGGAGCAAGCACAUCAAGCCGGGAAUGGACUGUAGCAGAUGAAGAUAAUGCUACUGUGGAAGAUGUGAGACCUCGAACAGCUGCAAAUGCCAACCUUCCCGCCAACGACGGUAUGACUGGGAUGACGAAAGUAGUGGAAGCUAAAAACAGGUUUUUGAAGAUCAAGAAUAAAGAGAAAAACACGGCAUGUUUUCAGAAACAGCUUGAUGGAACUGACAUUAUUAAAGAACUAUACAAGCGCAUGGACCCCACUGUGACACAACCAGACUCUGGUGACAUCAAGGGAGAUGUGCAACUCUCUCUCAAGUACAACCACAGACAAGAGCUCUUACUAGUGAAAGUCAUUCGAGCCAGAGAUCUGGUACCAAGAGACCUGAAUGGCAAGUCAGAUCCAUAUGCUGUCUUAGAUCUGGUUCCAGAUCUGAAUGGAGAAGGGCAAAAAAAGACAGCAUACAAGUCUAAGACACUCAAUCCUGUAUUUAAUGAGAUAUUUUCCUUCCAACUGGACCAGUCGCGCAUAGCGGACACUAAGCUACGAGUGGCCAUCUGGGAUCAUGACUUCUUUGGUGAAGAUGAUUUUAAUGGCGAAGGUGUAGUGGAUUUGUCCAGGAUUCAUCUCAGUUCAGGGACACAUACAGAUUGGUUUAUACUUCAGCUUGAGACUGAUUUCAGCAUCAAAGGGGAAUUAGAGAUCAGUCUGGAGUAUGAAGAACCUGAAACUCUGAUUGUAACUAUUCAUAAAGCUUACAACAUCAAGGCUGGGAACUCCUUUACCAACACAUCUGAUGCCUUUGUCAAGUGUGCAAUUUCAGGAACUGAUAUGCAUCAUGAAACCAAGGUUGUGAGUGGAACUCUGUUUCCAGAAUUUGAAGAAACGUUUGAAUUCACAGUUCCACAGGAAGAGUUUUCCUCAAGGACUUUACUGUUUCACAUGUUUGACAAAGAAACCAUCGGCAGCAAUAACUCACUGGGCCAAGUCAAUCUAGAGCUGAAAUACCUGGACUUGGAUGAGCCAAUCAGAAAGCGCUAUCCUUUGGCUGAUCUGAAAAAUGAAUCUUACAAGAGAGCGGAGUGGGCUCAGAAUGCAGUGGCGCAAGAAUUCAGAGAGGCCAUGUACGCACAUGCGUUGUACAGACAUCCACUGUUCUUACGUGGCAUUGAAACCAAAGGAAGAAAGAUGUACUCACUAAGCAGUCGGAGCGCUGGUUCCUCUGCCAAAGUGUUCUUGGUUAAUGGGAUACCCGGUUGAACUAACCGUAACACAGCUUGGAGAUCCGGUUAAUUUCACUUCUACCAGUUUUCAAGUUGAUAAUGAACAAAGCGUCACUUUCACUCUCCGCCUACGCGAUGCAACAGUUGCUUUAGACACUCAUUCCUCAUUCCUGGUUUGCUUGUAUUUAUAAGAUAAGUCGCUCUAACUUAAAUUAAAUUAGAAUGUUAUGAGGGGAAGCCAUAUUAGCCCUAGCUGGUUUCCAUGCAGGUCCUAAAUCUUGGUCGAAUUGGAAUUUGGGAGAUGUUGGUUUUUGUGGAGGGAGGAAAACUGGAGAACCCGGAGAAAAAUCCUCGGAGCCAGGCGAGAACCAACAACAAAUUAAGCUCAACCCACCAACAAAUCAAGCCCAACCCAUGUAAAAUUAACCUUUUUUAUCCAUUCUAUGGUGGGUACGUUUUCUCCGAGGCUCAGCAAAGUUUGAGUAAAAUAAUGUGCGCGAAGAACAUUAAAUAUUCUAACAUUUGCCUCCCGGGGUAACUAUUGAUAAAGAAAUGUUGGAUUUUGGGCUCGCAAAUAGCAGUAUUUGCCAGCACAUACUUCGAAAACAACGUUUGUUGGGGGUAACCAUCCAAUUUUAGAAGCAAGUCACUUGAAGGUACCCAAGGCCGGUGUUUUUUCCUUUUUUAUUCAGAUAAAAGCAUUGAUUACUUUUGCAGACUACUUUUGAGAAAGAUCUCAAGCAUUCAGUCAUGUAUAUUUUUCAUAUUUUAGGAUCAUGCAUGUAUCACGUACGUGCCACUUGUAUAAUAGUAAACUUAGAUGCCGACGUAACUUAUCCUCCCCACGCUGUACAUAAGUUAGUUAUCUAUUAUCAUAAAGGAAUAAAUAAUUAUAGUUGCGUUGAUAAGUAAAAUAUAAAUCAGUCACCACUAAAACGGUCAGCCAGAAAUUGAGAAGAAGGGGACGACCUGCACCGUUUUCCAAGGUUCUUUAUAAUUGGCCAAAUGAAACGAUAGAUAAAGAACACAAACAAUGCCCCUAGCCCUAAGAACAAGAGAGAUGCAGUUUAACAAGAGCGAAUCAAAAUAGAACAACUGACGAAGAAGAAAAUCGUUUUCAAUUUGGCGAACCGCACCCGGAUAAUUCAGUUUUCAGAAAAAAAAAAAAAAAAAAAAAGUCAACUGAAAUCUUGUCACUUGUAGGUCAAGGUAAUUCAGCGUUUCUGUAUUAAGUUAUUUUUUGAACGUUUUACUAACAAAAAAACUAAUAAGUACGUAACGAUUACAGUUACGUUAAGCAGCGUUGAAUACACUGAUGGGUCAUCCUGCUUAAAUAUUCGUUGUUAUUUUUAUUAUUGUUUGAAGCGUAAGCAGCGGUUUGUCCUUGUCGAAAGGAAUGUUUUGGUGACUCUUACCACGCAGCUCAAACAGUGGAUUUAUGAAAACAGUGUUAAACUAAAGAAAUCGCGUCCUGCUCAAGCGUUUUUUUUCUCCAAUGUAGACGACAUAAAAAUUAAAAGAGAUUGUCAGUCUUUUUUCCCUCCACUCUGUUAUCUUCCUUUUCUUGCUCUUCUCUGUAUUUGUUAUUGUUCCAAUUUUUUUUUUUUGGAGUUAUUUUAAGGCCUUUAGGAGUCGUGAUAUCAAAGUGCAUAUGGGUGAUUUGGUGCAAACUACUGACACGGUUUUCAUAAAUCCAGUCAUAUAUACUGUAUAUUUUCCGUUCUUUUCUUACACACCGUAACUCGUAUUUACACGCGUAGGUGCAGAUAGAGACCAGUCAAACUUGGUCAUAUUUUUUUAUUCAAUUAAGAAGCAUCUGAGGUCUCUAAAAAAUUUAACAUGAUACCUAUAGUUCAUCAUUGCUGUCAUGUUGGUAUUUCUAAACGUUAUUUCUCUCCUUUGACAAACAUUUCCUAGUGUUUGGGAGCACCAAAUGGCCGCUAUGAGAACGCUCUAUAGUUGUAGGUGUGUCUAUGUAAAUGUUUCGUUGCGAGACCUAAGCUAUUUAUUUUUGAAUGAUUAUUUAUAGUCACUCUCUCUAUUAAAAGUUUACACUUCCAGCAAAGUGGCCUGGCUAGCUCUUGUGUUAGACGCAAAAACUGUUUUGUAUCCCAAAUGAUCUUACUAUAAAGCGAGUGUAUUCGCCGGGGCAUUCGUGGACACCUCUCCGACUCUCAGGGAAGGCUCCCAGUCCGGAGCUCCGCAUGAGAGUAAUAAAUGGUAUAAACUGUAGUGGAUUGUCUACUCUUCAUCUGACUAAACCUCCAAUCUCUGCCGGUAUGUUAUUUUGCUUGGUUACACUACAGGGCCAUCCCCAUCCUUCAUACGGUCGAAAAGAAAACGAAACCUACUCGUGUAGCGUUUUCUAACCAAUCACAUUGAAGAUGGGUUUUUGGCAAAUCAGGUUCAAUUUCACUUAAAGUGCCAUGCUUUCGCCACAUUUGUUAGUGGUUGUCAACCUCUGAAUAUCGCUCCCUGCCAGUUUGGCUCUCCAAAAGGUAAACCGGCAAGGUUCGAGGAGGAUAAAUAAUUGUGGGGGAUUUUCUCGGACAGAUUUUCUUGCUAUUUUUUCCAAACCAACUUAGAAAUCACAUCUGGCCAAUCAGAGCAGGCGCGAAAUUAAUACGUUUUUUGUGACUGGUCAAUACAAUAAGCCAAUCAGACGGGUAGAAAUGUUAAGUUCGGGGAAAGACGCGUAAACUGUGAAGCCAAGUAAUAAUUGAUGUUUGUUUUGCUUCUGGUUGGUUGAAAGAACAUGAUGAAGUUUUCGUUGAUGAGCAAGGGUAUGUCGCACACUUUUUUAAUUUAGAUCCAUUAGAAAGCUCGGCAAACGCGAAAAUGGCACCUACCUAAUGGUCAGUAAACCAAACGUGUGUGCUCACGAGCAAGUUUUAUUCAUAAUAUCACCUAAAAAACAACAAGAGGGAAAGAGAACUCAUUACUUCAGUUACUACGUGCUGUUACCAGUAACUACAGACAUCCGAAACAAAGGCUCGGCGCCUGAGAUACCACGUCUUUUUGACAAAUUGAAAACAAUAAAUCAAAUCUUUUCUGUAGAGAGAUUUUGAACGAGCAAACAGCUCUCGAUUUAUCUUGGGCUUAUGAUUUAAGAUAGAAUUGUGUUCUAGCAAUUGUUGUCAUUUUAUGUAGAAAUAAAACUUAAUGUCACUUUCAAA